AUGGGGGACCCCCCUGGGCUGCCCUGCCGGCCUUCCUCCCCCUGCCGACAAGAGCCGGCGCUGAAACGUGGCUGGCUGAAGAAGCAGAGAAGCAUCAUGAAGAACUGGCAGCAGCGCUGGUUUGUCCUUCGUGGCGACCAGCUCCUGUACUAUAAGAAUGAGGAUGAGGUCAAGCCACAGGUAAGGUGCCUCUGGGCUGGAAGUGAGAAAAAGUAGCCAGCAAUCUGUUGAGGCCGUUGGUGGGUCUCCUGCCUGUGGUUGUGUGUCUGUGCGCUGCUUUAACAGUCUACAUAAAGGAUAUUCUCUUGCACAUCUGGCUGUGUCUGCUCUGUCCAAAGGCUUCUUUGGUGAUCACUUGUAGCCGAGUAAGAUUGUCUUCCAAAACAGGAUUUUAGCAGUGAGUCCGUAAGUGACUGUGGAGGCCAAUUCUGGAUCCACACAUCCUUCCACAGUGGGGACAUAGGUUUCUGGGUGGCAGUUGAUCACAGUGUGGAUUUGCCAAGCGUGCCUUCUUCCUAGCACGUUUCUCCCUUUUGUCCUGAGUUCGAGCAUCUAUCAAAGCCCAUAACACCUUUGGUAAAGGCUGUUCUCCAAUUGGAGCACUUGCAGUCCAGUGUUUCCCAGUUGUCAGUGUUUAUGCUACUGUUUUUUUAAAGAUUUGCCUUGAGAGAGUCUUUAAACCUCUUUUGUUGACCACCGGCAUUAUGCUUUCCAUUUCUGAGUUCGGAAUAGAGUAGUUGCUUUGGAAGACGAUCAUCAGGCAUCCGCACAACAUGACCAGUCCAACGAAGUUGAUGUUGAAAAAUCAUUGCUUCGACAGAGGCAUAACGUUGGCAGCACACAUGUUGUGGACAAAGGGGCAUCAAUGGGCACUAGGGCUGGGCAAUAUAUCAAUAUAUAGUCCAAAACCAGUUUGAAGUCCAUAUCGUCGUAUCGGUUUCAUAAUUUUUGACCUGGCAAUAUAUCGCGAAUCAUGAUGUAUGUGUGUGCCAUGCAAAAAUCAUGAUGCAGGGAAAACCGUGAAGCCAUCCGAUGCCUGUUAGUUUCUGUUUGCCACUGACCAGCUGCUUAGAGUCACAAGGCUCUGUUUACAUUCCAGAGACCUUCCAGGCUGUUGGAAGUCUCCUGUGAGACGAGGACACGCAUGUGGCGUUACUGGUUUCCUGUUCCUUUGUUCCUUUGUUGUUCAGUUGCUCUCUGCUUUCAUAGAGAGAGGCUGUAUUUUUCUUUGCGUGGACAGGCGGAGUCCCCCAGAUCCCGCGCGGUCCCCCCGUCAUGUGGAAUAACGACUCAAGACAACGUGCUAUGGGAUUAAAUUGGCCACAACUUUAUUAAAUUUCAAAUGUGGGUAGACCUUGGCUCAGGCAUUGGGUGUUAUCCCUCCCCAGUCUCCAGCCGGGGACCUAGGGAGCAUCAGGGUUGUCCAGUGUGGGGGGGGAUGGGCCGGCUCUGGAGAACAUAUGUUCAAGCAGAGAUAGCCGCCCCCGUUACACCACCGUCGCAGGGGAGAGCAAUGACGACCUUUCGGCGUAUGGUCAAAGCCUCCCUUCAGAAACCCCUUUAACAGGGAACCCUGGUAUUGCCGCUGCAAAGAGUAAGAUGGACUAAAGGAUUCCGCCCAAGGCCUGAUACCGCCAAAGUUGUGACGUUUUGCUACGGGAAAGGCGAAACCUGCCAAUGCAGGGGAAUUCCUUUCCGGCCCUUUAACAGCGACGUUGACGUAGCAGCGCCCGCAUACCUGUGAAGAAAAGUUAACCUGCAAACCUGUGAAGAAAGAUUAACCUGCAAAACAAAACAUUAACUGCGGGUGGGUAGGGUGGGAGAAGCUCUGGAGCCAAGUGAGGAUUCCCAGGUAAGAUCCUCCCUCUAUUGUGUGGGCAGGUUGUCCCUCCCCUACCUGGACUGGUCUCCUUGGCAACGCUUCCCCCAGGCGGGAUUGGACAACUGACUGAGGUAGGCGGAGACCUCCAGGUAUCCCACCUGAGGGAAGGCAAAGCCAAGCCUAUGCUGAUGGAGCCGCUCCAGAUCCAGGGGCUACGCGCGUCCACGCAAAGGGCACCCCCCGUUUUAUGCGGGGAGUGGUCAUUGCUGUCUGCGUAGAAGAUAAUAAAACUCUUUAGCUAUGUAGCUCAUACUAUCUCAUCCUUCCGCGUGCUGCUUUGGAUUCUCUGCUGAAUGAGGGAACAUACCUUGGAGCCUUAUCAGAGGCUCAGGUGAUCAAUUACGUCGGAAGAUGAGCUUUAUCAGAUCGGUCGUAGUGGAGAUCCCGACAGCCUCUACAUAUCUCCAUUCUUAUUUCAGGCACCGUGAUAUAUGGGUAUAUCACAAUGUUUAGCUGGUGAUACAUCACAAUGUUGAAAAACCAAAUAUUGCCCAGCCCUAAUGCAGAAACCGUGACCCUUGUACACUUUCACAGCCUGGUUGUGGACACAGCCCAGUUUCAGCACUCAAGGAUGAAAGACAGUGACCUGACUAUGCAGGGUGAAAUCUCUACCUGUAUGGCCAGCUCACUGUGAAACAGGUGUAGUGCUGGUUAGCUGUGAGGGAAGGAUUGUGGUUUAAGGAGUGAGCUGGACAGUGGCGUAGCGUGGGGGGUGCAGGGGGGCCGGCCGCACCGGGCGCAACAUCUGGGGGGGCGCGCUCGCACUCGCAGCUUUCUGCCCCUACCUGGCUCGAGUGCUAAAAUCCACGGGUUAGGGGGCGCAAAUUACUUGCCUUGCCCCGGGUGCUGACAACCCACGCUACACCACUGGAGCUGGAAGCUGGGUUUAGAGACCAAUGAAAAUAGGGAUGUCUUAUUAUUAUUAUUAUUAUUAUUAUUAUUAUUAUUAUAUUGCUUAUAUCCCACCCAUCUUACUGGGUUGCCCCAGCCACUCUGGGUGGCUUCCAACAUGUAUAAAAACAUAAUAAAACAUUAAACAUUUUCUUUAAAAACUUUUCUGCCUUAGCUGCCUUCAUUUAGUUAGUUAUCUCCUUGGCUCGGGGGUUGCAUAACUCCAUGCCCUCCAACAUUUCUCUGAUGGAAAUAGGGACAUCCUGAGGGAAAGCAGGAUAUUCCAGGAUCAAAUCAGAAACUGGGAUGGCUUCUCUAAAUAUGGGACCAGUCCCUGGAAAAUAGGGACACUUGGAGGGCAGCUUUUGGAUAUAUGGGGAGCUGAAUGACCCUCUUUCUGUAUGCUGUUUACCAGGCAUAGGCAAACUCCAGAUGUUUUGGAACUACAAUUCCCAUCAUCCCUAGCUAACAGGACCAGUGGUCAGGGAUGAUGGGAAUUGUAGUCUCAAAACAUCUGGAGGGCCGGAGUUUGCCUAUGCUUGCUGUUUACCUUCCACAUUUACAUUUCAAAUGUCCACUUCCCUUCUGUUCCCUGACUUUUUUCUCUUUUUUCUGCCAAUUUCAGGGGUUCGUCCCUUUGCAAGGCAAUCAGGUGAAUGAAGUGCCCCCCAAUCCUGAGGAGCCAGGGAAGUACCUCUUUGAAAUUUCUGCAGGUAGGCCUGCGUUUCGGUCUCCUUUGUCUUGAUCGUACGGUUCUGAUUUGAUGAGCGGAGCAGGGAAGUGGUGUAACUCCAUGGUGGGGCAUUUUAAUUUUUAAUUCUGAUAGGAAAUGCUCUGCAGGGCUAGGCCGUAUUGCUGCGAUAAAAAUGAAUGUAUUGCCUAGAAUGUUGUUUUUGUUUCAAACUUUGCAGAUUGUGGACAAAAUGGACUGUUUCAAGAGAUGGCAGAAAGAUAUUUCUAAAUUUGUCUGGCAGGGCAAGAAACCUAGAAUAAAAUUUAAAAUUUUAACAGAUGCAAAGGAAAGAGGUGGAUUUGCCCUGCCAGACCUCAAACUUUAUUAUGAAUCAGCAGCUUUUUGCUGGUUGAAAGAAUGGCUACUUCUUGAAAACACUGACAUUUUGGAUUUGGAAGGUUUUAAUAAUGUAUUUGGAUGGCAUGCAUAUUUAUGGUAUGAUAAGGUCAAAGCACACAAAGCAUUUAAAAACCACAUUGUCAGGAAAGCGCUAUUUAAUGUUUGGAUAAGAUAUAAGGAUUUGCUAGAAAAUAAAACCCCGAGGUGGCUGUCACCAAUGGAAGCGAAAGCCUUGAAAAGGGUCAAUAUGGAGGUCAAAUGGCCGAAAUAUUGGGAAAUUUUGGAACAAGACGGAGAUAGACUGAAAUUGCAGAGUUUUGAAAAAUUAAAAAACAAAGUGCGAGACUGGCUUCAUUAUUAUCAAAUAAUGGAGGCAUUUAAAUUAGACAGGAAAAUUGGCUUCCAGGUGGAAAAAUCAAAAUUAGAAACAGAAUUGUUAGAACCCAAUACUAAGAAUCUGUCAAGAAUGUAUAACUUGCUGCUGAAAUGGAAUACUCAAGAUGAAACGGUAAAAUCGGCUAUGAUUAAAUGGGCACAGGACGUAGGACACAACAUUAUGUUCGCUGACUGGGAACAGUUAUGGACCACUGGUAUGAAAUUUACGGCAUGUAAUGCCUUAAGAGAGAAUAUUAUGAAAAUGAUAUACAGGUGGUACAUAACCCCAGUCAAGCUUGCGAAAAUCUAUCACUUGCCCGAUAAUAAAUGUUGGAAAUGUAAAGAAACUGAAGGUACAUUUUUUCACCUUUGGUGGACGUGCCCAAAGAUUAAGGUUUUCUGGGAAAUGAUAUAUAAUGAAUUAAAAAAAGGUAUUUAAGUAUACCUUCCCCAAGAAACCAGAGGCCUUUCUCCUGGGCAUAGUGGGCCAAAUGGUGUUAAAAAAAGGAUAGAACUUUCUUUAUGUAUGCAACAACAGCAGCAAGAAUACUCAUUGCAAAGUAUUGGAAGACACAAGAACUUCCCACGCUGGAGGAAUGGCAGAUGAAACUUAUGGACUAUAUGGAAUUGGCGGAAAUGACUGGUAGAAUCCGUGACCAGGGAGAAGAGUCGAUGGAGGAAGAUUGGAAGAAAUUCAAAGACUAUCUUCAGAAACACUGUAAAAUUAAGGAAUGUUAAAGUGAUGUUGGAUUGAAAAUAAGUGGUUUCCAGCUGAACAGGUUAAAGCUAAGGAUAGAUUAAGAUUAAAGAUUAAGAUUAAAGAUGUUUAAAGAAAUGGAAAUUUGAUAAUAAAAGGGAAAAAUUUAAAGGUAUAUGACAUUAAGAACAAGGAUUAUGUUUAAAAAGCUGAAGCUAUAUAGUUUAAUAUUUCAUUAAAUUAAAGAUUGGGUUUAAAAAGUGGAAAAGAAACUGCUGGACAAAUAAUGUAGAUUGGAAUACAAAAGAGGGAGGUAUGAGGAAGUCCAGAAAAUAAGUAAUUUAAAAUUGGGAAUGUAAAAGAGAGUUUGUUUUAAAUUGUUAUGUUGUGUGUUUUUAUUGUUAAAUUUUGUAUUGUUUUUCUUUUUUGUGUGUGUGUGUUGUUUUUUCUUUUUUCUUUGUUUAAAACUUUAAUAAAAAUUAUUCAAAAAAAAAAAAGGAAAUGCUCUGCAGGGGUCGAGGGGACAAAAAAAGGGGGGGCUAAGGAAGGUCAAGGACAUGGGCGGCGCUGUGGGUUAAACCACAGAGCCUAGGGCUUGACGAUCAGAAGGUUGGCGGGUUGAAUCCCCACAACGGGGUGAGCUCCCGUUGCUCGGUCCCAGGUCCUGCCAACCUAGCAGUUCGAAAGCACCUCAAAGUGCAAGUAGAUAAAUAGGUACCGCUCCAGCGGGAAGGUAAACGGUGUUUCCGUGCGCUGCUCUGGUUCGCCAGAAGCGGCUUAGUCAUGCUGGCCACAUGACCCAGAAGCUGUACACCGGCUCCCUCAGCCAGUAAAGCAAGAUGAGCACCGCAAUCCCAGAGUCGGUCACAACUGGACCUAAUGGUCAGGGGUCCCUUUACCUCUAAGGAAGGUCAGUUGCGAGGGAGGGAGAAAUGCCUCUCUUCUCAUCUGAGAAAUGUUAAGAGGGUAUGAGAUGCUUUAGAGGGACGCGGGUGGCGCUGUGGUCUAAACCACUGAGCCUCUUGGGAUUGCUGAUCAGAAGGUCAGCGGUUCGAAUCCCCGCGACAGGGGUGAGCUCCCGUUGCUCUGUCGCAGCCCCUGUCAACCUAGCAGUUCGAGAGAUAAAUAGGUACCAUUGUGGAGGGAAUCUAAACGGUGUUUCUGUGCGCUCUGGUUUCUGUCACAGUGUCCCAUUACACCAGAAGCGGUUUAGUCCUGCUGGCCACAGGAUCCAGAAAGCUGUCUGUGGACAAACGCCUGCUCCCUCAGUCUGAAAACGAGAUGAGCACCACAACCCCAUAGUCGCCUUUGACUGGACUUAACCGUCCAGGGGUCCUUUACCUUUACCUUUACCUAUGAGAUGUUUUAGACUACACCUUCCAUCAGCCUAAGCCUGUUGUAGUUCAAAACACCCAGGAGACACCAAAUUGACAGUGGCUGUCUUAAACAUUGUUCCUGUUUUUGCUUGGAUUCCUCUUGCCGUGAUUAUCUUAGGCCUACACCCUGGAGGAACUUGCUGUUUUGUAGCUACUCUUUAGCUGUCAGCAGGUUUCGAACAACAACUGUUGCGCUUGUUUUGAUUCCAAACACCAGCAUGCUCUCUGCAAGAAGAGUCCGAGGACUCAGCUACCUUAGUCAAAAUACAGUGUUAUACAGUGGUGCCCCGCAAGACGAAAAACUCGCUAGACGAAAGGGUUUUGCGUUUUUUGAGUCGUUCCGCAAGACGAAUUUCCCUAUGGGCUUGCUUCGCAAGACGAAACGUCUUGCGAGUUCUUGCAAGUUUGUUUCCUUUUUCUUAAAGCCGCUAAGCCGUUAAUAGCCGCUAAGCCGCUAAUAGCCGCUAAGCCGCUAAGCCGCUAAUAGCCGUGCUUCGCAAGACGAAAAAACCGCAAGACGAAGAGACUCGCGGAACAGAUUAAUUUCGUCUUGCGAGGCACCACUGUACAGCACCAGACGGCUGAACUCACAACUCAAUGAUAUUUUCAAUUUACAACAGUUUUUUUGCAGAGUGUUUUUUAAUAGCUUUGUAGAUCUCGCCACACAUGCACAUCCAUACAGGUUCAUGCGAGAGUCAGUAUGGCUAUGCUUAAGCUACGUAUGUUAUGUACUGAAGUUCCCACCUUGGGCCCGCAGGGAGAUACUGUAGAUAGUUAUGCAAAUAAGGGAUUGAAAGUGACAUUCAGUGAUUGGAUAGUUUUAGAAAAUUGUUACAGUUACAUUGUACUGGAGCUCUAUAUAAACAGGCUGACUGAACCCUUCAGUUCAGUUCUGUUCUGGCCUGUGAAUAAACAAGAGCUGUUUGAAGAAUCACUGUGUCGUCUGAUAUGUUCACCCACAACUUAACAAAGUAUAUGCAGCGGUACCUCGGGUUAAGUACUUAAUUCGUUCCGGAGGUCUGUUCUUAACCUGAAACUGUUCUUAACCUGAAGCACCACUUUAGCUAGUGGGGCCUCCUGCUGCCGCCAUGCCGCCGGAGCACGAUUUCUGUUCUCAUCCUGAAGCAAAGUUCUUAUCCUGAGGCACUAUUUCUGGGUUAGUGGAGUCUGUAACCUGAAGUGUAUGCAACCUGAAGCGUAUGUAACCUGAGGUACCACAGUAAAAGCAAGGACUGGAAGCCAAAAUGGUGACAGCUGGGACAACAAGCAAGUUAACAAACCAUGCAGGAAUAAGCCAGAGUUUAGGAAGACCAUGGGGCUCAAGCAAGGAUCAGCUGGAACUCAAAGCCCUUUGUACUCCUGUCUGCCCCAAAGGUUCCAAUAACCAGUCAGUUCAUGCAGUUACUUCACUGAGAAAGCAACUGCCUGAACAUUGGUGGUUCACCACAUGGGGGAACAGAGCACAUAGCUAUAGUCCAAGACAGCACUUUGAUAUAGGAAUGUCCUCCAUGUUUGAAAAUGUUACAUACAGUGGUACCUUGGUUCUCAAACUUAAUCCAUUCCAGAAGUCCGUUCCAAAACCAAAGCGUUCUAGAACCAAGGCGCGCUUUCCCAUAGAAAGUAAUGCAAAAUGGAUUAAUCCGUUCCAGAUUUUUAAAAACAACCCCUAAAACGGCACUUUAAUGUGGAUUUUACUAUCUAACAAGACCAUUGAUCCAUAAAAUGAAAGCGAUAAACAAUGUACUGCAGUCACACAAUCAAUCAAUCAGCAGCUGAACUGGGUUCAACACAGUCGCAAAAACAAAACAAAAAGAGCCGCAAAAACAAAAACGCAAAAUAAAUAGCAAAAACAGACAGACCUCAGCGUAGUACUCAAAACGGAAGCGUAACACUCAAAACGGAGCACGUUUGGCUUCCAAAAAAGUUCACAACCGGAACACUUACUUCUGGGUUUGCAGUGUUUGGGUUCCAAGUUGUUUGAGUACCAAGGCAUUUGAGAACCAAGGUAGUUAUCUCAGAGCUGACCACAGAACUGCAGGGCUUUCUAUUCUUAUUACAAAAAGGAACCUGUGUUUAGAUGCUUGCCUCCACACCUGCGUGCCCCCAAAUGUAAUUUUUUAACACCCUGGUAGGUAGGGGUGGUUGUGGUUGUUCUUUUAGUGUUUCUUUUUCAGGAAUAUAGCGAGGUAUUUUGAGCGGCAGUCGCCUAGCAUUUUGCAGCUGUGGCCCUCCUCACAGUUAAAGGUAAAGGGACCCGUGACCAUUAGGUCCAGUCGUGACCGACUCUGGGGUUGCAGCGCUCAUCUCGCUUUACUGGCCGAGGGAGCCGGCAUACAGCUUCCGGGUCAUGUGGCCAGCAUGACUAAGCCACUUCUGGCGAACCAGAGCAGCGCACAGAAACACUGUUUACCUUCCCGCCAGAGAGGUACCUAUUUAUCUACUUGCACUUUGACAUGCUUUGGAACUGCUAGGUUGGCAGGAGCAGGGACCGAGCAAUGGGAGCUCACUCCAUUGCGGGGAUUCGAACCGCCGACCUUCUGAUCGGCAAGUCCUAGGCUCUGUAGUUUAACCCACAGUGCAACCCGCGUCCCUCACAGUUACCAGCUGCCAAAUCUCACUGGGGCAAAUAGAUUUACUUGGAAGCAAGCUUUGAGCUGAGUUCUACCUUAAUAAGUAAGAUAACCGCCAGCAAUUAUCCCUUACUACUUUUCUGUGAGCAUAAAGUUGGACCACCAACUCCCCCUUGUCCCUUUCCUCACAGGCCUGUUUGCAGGGUGUGCAAGAGAAACAGACAAUAUUUUCAACGUUUUUUGUUUUUUUAAGAGAUGUGCUGAGCUCUGGUAGAGCAUUCUCACGCCGCUCCCAUUACUGAACAGGCUCUGUGGUCACAUUUGCAUCGCACAGUAAUUUGCUUCCAUUAUUCUCCUAUUUGAGCUCCCGAGAGUUUAAUUGACUCAAGUGAGCUGUGUCUUACUUGACAGCGCGAGCCCCGGGGUGUCAUCAGGGAUAAUUGGGGGGUGUAAGUUCCGGGGUACUUACUUGUGCACAUGAUAAAGUGUUCCACUCACGGCGGCAGCGACCAAAUGAUUACCGUGGAGCUGCCAUUAAAUGCUUCAAUUACUAGCUAACAUUUGCACCUAGGUUUAAUUAACUGCACUGGCGAAUAAGCUUGACUCGGCUUCCUGAAUUAGGUUACAACCACCAAUGCUCGCUGCAGCCCAAGUACUGUAACAAUAUAGAGUGCUUCUGAAUGGGUGCGGGGUUUUGGUUUUUUUAUGGCAUCAGUCCUCAGCAUACAUGCAAAGCUUUUUGCACUACCCACGCAACCUCAUCGUUGGCAUCAAAAUGCUAGCUCAUUCCACACAAACACCCUUUAAUCCAGAUUUUCCUUCUCUGGCGAAUUUUUUUUAAAAAACCAACCUAUUGCCAGAAACCUUUUGACAGCAUUAUUCUCUCCCCCAAAAGCACCUCAACUCUAUCACCAUUGGCCCCUACUGUCAUUUACAUGUGAUAAGGAGGGCCUGGGGCGGGAGAGGGGAAGGCAGUUGCGUGGCGAGUUUCUCCCCCCCCCCCCGUGGAAAUAAUGGCACAUGACACAAUUAUUACGGUUAAUGGACUAAAAAAGGCCACGACUUUAUUGGUUACAGGUGAUGAGUGGUAUUGGCUUAGGCAUUGGUCCUAAACGACUAUAUCCGACUUCAGCCCGUCCGCUUGAAGUCCGGGAAGGGUUAACCACCAGUAGGGGAAGUCCUGCUGAUGCACAUCAACUAGGAACUCCCCCGGGGUCACCGCUCGGGGGCGUGCCUUAGGCCCUCACCUCCCCAGGCUUUGGACAGGGCCACACCCCCCGGAAUCCAUUAACAGACUACCCUUCAAUAUGUGGGGCAGGUGAUGACGCUACCUCCCCUCUUCCAUCUACAGAACAAUACCAAUGCCUAACCGCCAUUACCAAGAAAGUUGUGACGAUUUGCUACAAGGUAGGUGUAGGUAGGGACCAUUUGCUACGAGGUAGGGACGCAGGUGGCACUGUGGGUUAAACCACAGAGCCUAGGACUUGCCGAUCAGAAGGUCAGCAGUUUGAAUCCCCGCAACGGGGUGAGCUCCCGUUGCUCGGUCCCUGCUCCUGCCAACCUAGCAGUUCGAAAGCACGUCAAAGUGCAAGUAGAUAAAUAGGUACCACUCUGGUGGGAAGGUAAAUGGCAUUUCCGUGCGCUGCUCUGGUUUGCCAGAAGCAGCUUAGUCAUGCUGGCCACAUGACCCGGAAGCUGUACGCCAGCUCCCUCGGCCAAUAAAGCGAGAUGAGCGCCGCAACCCCAGAGUCGGCCACGACUGGACCUAAUGGUCAGGGGUCCCAUUACCUUUAAGUAGUAAGUGCAAUCAGGUGUUGCUCAUAGAUACUCUAGCUUUUUUUUUUUUUUUAAUAUAAUAUUUAUUGGUUUUACAAAAAUUCCAAAAGAUACAAAAAUACAAAAAUUCCACAGACAAAAAACAACAAUAACAGUGACAAAAAAAACAGAAAUGACAAUAUCCAUAACAAAGAAAGAAAAAGAGAAAAGAAAAGAAACAGAAAAGUUUAAAAAUUUAUACUUUCAUUUAACCUUCUUAUCUUUCCCUAGUUCUUUGACUUCCCCGCAUCUCCCCGCUUGUAUUUCCAUUUAAAAACUCCUUUCAGCAAAUCCUUACCCUCCUUCCUUUAUCUUAACUCAAGAAACUUAAUCUAUUUAUAUAUAGAUAUUUUUACAACCUUAUCAAUCAAAUAUUCCAUGCUCUUAAACGCAAGGCUUUUGCCAAUACCAGUUAUUUUCAAUCAGACCUCAAUUUAACAUUCAUUAAUUUUAUAGUAUUUCUGUAGAUAGUCUUUAAAUUUCUUCCAAUCUUCUUCCACCGUAGAUACUCUAGCUUUUUAAUCCUGGCUAAUCAAUCCAUUUUAGCAUGGGAAGACUAGGAAGAAUUUUGUCAGCUGUGCAGAGUAGAAUAACAAUACAAGUUUGGGGUUUGCUUUGUUGUCUUGUUCAAAGCUGGCUCAACAUUUUGCACAGGGAGGCAAUGAUCUCUCUGGCAGGAGAUGCUGGGGAGCAGAAGUGGCAGCUCCCCCCCCCCCCAUUUUUCCCAAGUACCCCAACCAUUCCCCUCUGUCGGAGAUCAGAGCUAUGAGUGCAUAGGCCAUUUACCCCCUAAACUAGCCUGCUCUCGGGGGCACAGGAAGAAGCCAUCCUAUUGCCAGUGUUGAGUAAGAUUUGACCCCCCUCCCUCAAUUGUCCAGAACCCCUGGCUUACCUGGCAGCAAAGUAGUGUGCCAAGUUCAAAAUCCAAGGGUCGAUCCACACAAGCAAAGUCCAAAGGUCAGGAAACGAGGUUCAGGGUCAAUCCAAGUAGCCAAGUCUGCAGUCAGGAUACAGUCCAGAGUCAACCCCAAAGCACAGUCCCGUGAAGGUCAAGGAGCAUCCAAGACAAGGUCCAUCAACAUGGGCAGUCGAGCAGACGUACUGAGCAUGCUCAUUGCAGCAUCUGGGCUUGAUGAGGCAGGUGACCCUCACCUGUUCUAAGCCUACUCCAGCUGAGGAAUCACACGCCUCCUCCCAGAACUAGUGAGCCUCACCUGGCCAGCUUUGUCUCCAGCAAUACAAUGUCUUCAACCAGCCCUGGCCUUGCUAUGCUUACUUCCCAAAGUAUAUUGAGGCAGCAGGGGUUGGGGGGAAUGCGGAGAUAAUGUGACCAUCAGCCCUCAGAACACAAAUCUUUCCUGUCAGGAAUUUGCUGGAGCUGUUUUCCACUGUGAAUGCAGAUGGAUAUUUCCAAACAUAUGCCGAGCUGCCAUGCUUCUAAGAUUAAGGGAGGAUAUUAAAGGUAAAGGUAAAGGAACCCCUGACCAUUAGGUCCAGUCGUGACCGACUCUGGGGUUGCGGUGCUCAUCUUGCUUUAUUGGCCGAGGGAGCUGGCAUACAGCUUCCGGGUCAUGUGGCCAGCAUGACUAAGCCGCUUCUGGCGAACCAGAGCAGCACACAGAAAUGCCAUUUACCUUCCCGCCGGAGUGGUACCUAUUUAUCUACUUGCACUUUGACGUGCUUUCGAACUGCUAGGUUGGCAGGAGCAGGGACCGAGCAACGGGAGCUCACCCCAUCAUGGGGAUUCAAACUGCCGACCUUCUGAUCAGCAAGUCCUAGGCUCUGUGGUUUAACCCACGGCCCCACUGCAUCCCUAAGGGAGGAUAUUAGGCCAGUCUUUAUUAUUCUUAUUAUUUAUUUUGACAUCUUCAAUGAAAGUUCAAAAAAUACAUAAUUAUAUGUGCACUAAGCAUGGUGAGGCAUCAAAAAAAGAGAGAAAAGGAGGGGGGAGAAACAGUCCCCAUGUAUAAGGGAAAACAAAAGGGGGAUGGACGGACCCAAAACUGUAUACUUUGCAAAGUUGUUCUUGUACUUCACCAGAUCUUAACCAACUACAGUAUUUGUAAGAAUUACAGUACAGUGGUACCUUGAGAUGUGAACGGGAUCCGUUCCGGAGCCCCGUUCACAUCUAGAAGCAAACAUAACCUGUGUCCGCGCAUCUGCGCGUGCACGGGUCACAUUUCAGCACUUCUGCACAUGCACAUGACGUCAUUUUGAGCGUCUGUGCAUGCGCAAGCGGCAAAACCCGGAAGUAACACGCUCCGUUACUUCCGGGUUGCCGCAGAGCGCAACUCGAACACGCUCAUCUCGAAGCACAUUCAACCUAAGGUAUGACUGUAUUACAGUAUUAGUAAAAAUGGAUUCCAAAUAUCAUUGAAUUUGUCCAUGGCAAGUCUGCAUUUAUAUGCAAGUUGCUCAUACGUUGCAAGUUUGUAUAAAUCUUCUAUCCAAUCAUAGAAGGGAGCCGCAUUUUUGUUUUUCCAAUUCAUCAGUUAUCAGUCUUUUUGCUAUGGUAAGGGUGUGGAGAGUCCAUUCAUAUUGUCCUUUUGUAAAGUUCCAUGUGCUGGAUAUAUAAUUCAAGAGUUUUGAGCUUGACAUUAAGCACUAUACUGUACGUCAAAUGAAGCACUAUAUAUUUAUACCAGGGAAGAGCAGAAGUUAAGUUCUGUAUGCAGAUGGUAACAGAAGUGUGUCUUCUUUGCAGGUGGCACAGCAGGUCGGGAUAAGGUGCCCAUCCACCAUGAAGCCUUCUUGUUCAUGGCUAGCUCCCAGAAUGAUAUGGAAGACUGGGUGAAAGCUAUACGGCGGGUAAUAUGGACACCAUUCACUGGAGGUAUGAGUCACAGCUCUUAUUCACAUAACCUAAAUCCCUUUCUCUCAAGGUAAUGUAGCAAAUUGGUCAUAAUGUGCCAUUAUGAUAGCCAUGUUCAAAUAUAUAAAAGGAUGUCACAUAGAGGAGGGAGAAAGGUUGUUUUCUGCUGCUCCAGAGAAGCGGACACGGAGCAGUGGAUCCAAACUACAAGAAAGAAGAUUCCACCUAAACAUUAGGAAGAACUUCCUGACAGUAAGAGCUGUUCGGCAGUGGAAUUUGCUGCCAAGGAGUGUGGUGGAGUCUCCUUCUUUGGAGGUCUUUAAGCAGAGGCUUGACAACCAUAUGUCAGGAGUGCUCUGAUGGUGUUUCUGUUACCAUAAAGCACCAAUGCUGCAGCAAGCAAAGGCUCUAGCAGCUCAGCCAGCUGCUUGUGGCUGGAAAGCCAGACAGGAUGUUUGUGACUGUUGCCAUGGGAACAAAGGGGCAGUCCAUUCUGUACUGAGCACCGGAUGUUAGCUCAGUGUGUGUGUGUCAUAUGACCCGUACUGGAUGUACUUGGGAGGAGUUUCGUCUUGCUGUUGUUGAGUGCAGACAUGAUUCUCUGUACUGAUGUAAGAGGCAGAAAUAAAUGAUGUAAAUAGUUUUCUGUCUGCUUCUUUCCCUCCCUGGGGACACCAAAGGGGAGAGAGGAAGAACGGUGUGUUCCUCUCAUACAUCUGAGAAGAAUCGCUGGACCUCGCCUGCUUAUCAGCAGAGUGGAGACGCAGCGAGGUCGACAGGAAUAUCUGCCGGUGCCUACGCUGUGGCACAUUCCUCUGACCCAGGCAGAAUUCCAACAGUGGUAGCAGAGGAUGGUUGCGAUUCAUCGGACAUCUGCAUGAGAGGCUGGUGGAUUGUCCUCCUCUGCUCCAAGGAGGAAGAGAAGCGUCUGAAAGAAGCCAGAGGCUCCACAGACAGCUGAUGGAAAGAAGAGGUGUUUUCCAGAGCAACAAAGUUCAAGGUAUGCUGCAUUUCGGGCUAAAAGUGUGAACGCAGGAAGAUUAAUUCCUGGUUCACGGAGCUGCGUUUCAAAGAAAACAAAAGCUCCGGGAGGAAGAGGCCUGCAGCUUGAAGGCUGAAGCCUGCAUUCCACAAAUUUUUGUGGUAGAUAAGAUGUCUUAUUGAAAUGCAUUGUUGCUAGGUAACGGUCCUGGAAAGUUACUGGCAAAGGGGCUGGACUCUGAGUGUGAGCCUGGGAAAGCGAAACAAAAUCAGAGAAUGUUUUGGCUACAAGUUUAUGAGCUCUUGGAAGGGACUUUUCAAUAGCAGCCUGAGUUUAGCUGCCAGGUGCAAAGAGCGUAAACAAUUUGCAGUUUGCUGCGUGAGAAAGGAAAAAAACAACUGUUGGAUUUUACAGUUUGUUUGACAUUGUGAGCUGGAGGCUUGGCUUCAAGAUGGAUGCCAAGAAAGGUUUGCCUUGCCCUCCUUCCUUAACCAGUGACAAUUAUUCAUCUUGGUCUGUAAAGAUGAAGGCCCUGCUGCAGAAUCAGAGGCUUUUUGAUGUAAUUGAAAACCCCAUCCCUGCAGCACCAACCAGAGGUUGGGAGUCACAGAAUGUAAGGGCCAGGACUGCUAUAAUUCUGUGUGUCUCAGAUGAUCAGUUGGUGCAUGUUCAGCAUUUAGAAAAUGCGAAAGAGGUAUGGGACACGCUGCGUACAACGCAUCAGAGAGAUGCUGGUUCUUCAGCGUUGCUGUAUUUUGAGAAAUUGACCAAUCUGAGACUUGCGCCUGAUGGAGAUGUUCAAGCGCACCUGACAGAAAUGAAGUUUCUGCGUCAACAGAUGGUGGAACGCAAUUUUCGUCUUCAGGAGGAAGUGUUUUGCUUCAUGAUGAUAAACAGCCUUAGCCGCACCUACAAGGUUGUUGCCAGUCAGCUUGGUUCCCUACCGGCCGCGCAGCUGACCGCGGAGAGAGUUUGUGCUGUGGUCCUGAAUGAACACGACAGACUUGCUGCACUGGAAGAAAAAGACAGGGGAGGGAAGAACAGAGUUCUAAUUCCCCACUGCUGAUGCUACUGGAGAGCAUGGUGUAGCAUUGAGUGCUGUCCGAUGCUACAAUUGUGGACAGACUGGGCAUCUACAGCGAAACUGUAAGAAGCCGCGCCAGUCAAGAGGAGCAAAGAGCAGCUCUACGAAGCCUCAGGCGUCAGGCAAAAGCCGUACCAAGUGCCAGGUGAAACCUGCAAAGGCUAUGAUGGCGAAAGGAACCACGCCAGAUGUUGGGAACUCGUUCAUAAUUGACACGGGCGCAACGGUUCACAUGUGCCCGCACAGAGGACUAUUUUCGACGUUGAAGAAGCAAAGCUUCACUGUGAAACAGGCCAACGGUCAGGAGUUGGAAGCAACUGGAAUUGGGACUGUGUAUCUUGAAAGUCUGAACUUGACUAUAAGUGAUGUUUACCUGGUUCCAGAACUGAGAUUUAAUCUGCUGAGCGUGUCGCAGAUUGCAAAGAAAGGACUGAAACUGUCCUAUGAUGCUAAAAGCUGCAAGAUCUACAAAGAUGGAGAACUGUUUCUUACUGCCAAAGAGAAAGAUGGACUGUAUUUGUUGACUUUUGAUCAAAGUGAUUACAUGAAAUGUAAUUCUUCUGUUUCUAACGAAAUCUCUCUUGCAGGGGCGACCAUGACCAGUGUGAGCACCAGGAAGGUGACUAAGACCAAGAAGGUCGACAGAGCAUUUCAGCGGGUGUAUGCUGAUGUGAUUGGUCCUCUAGAACCAUCUAGAGGCGGUGCACGAUUUUACCUUUUGUGUGUGGAUUGUUUCACUAAUUAUUCUUGGGUUUAUAUGAUGGAGAAACCGCAAGAAACUUUAGAAAAGUUUCAGGAGUUUUGUGACAAGGUUAAAAGUAUGCAUGAUGCUAACAUUGAUUGUCUUUUCACAGAUGAGAAGCAAAUUUUUCUGUUGCAGAAGUUUCAGAAGUUCCUGGAUGGAAAAGGGAUAGACCACAAAGUUGCAGUCUCGCAAGAAGCGUGGAACAGGGGGGGUCUGUGUGAGGGUGAACAAAGAAUUGCAAAAGGGGAUGAAUGCGCAAUUGCUGAGUUCACAUUUGCCACAUGAAUAUUGGGCCGAAUCGCUAGCGUCCUAUCUUCAUGUGUGGUUGAGAAAAGUCUCAACAGAGUUGGGAUGUUCUCCUUUUGAGAAGCUGUUCAAUAGAAAACCUUCUGUUGCCUAUUUUAAGGUUUUCGGGUCUCAUGUGAGAACAGAAGCUCCAGGUGGUGUAAAGAAUGCCAGAGGCAUUUUUGUGGGUUAUGAAAAAGGUCUCUACAGAGUAAUUUUGUCUGAAUCUGGUCAGGUGAUUCUCACAAAGUUCCUAGAGAGUGCUCCAAAGCAAGAGCGGAUAGUACAGACAUUUCCCACAGGAAACGAUUCUGAUGAUGAUGAUGAUGAUGAGUUUGAUCUUAUUGAGUUCAGUAGUACUGAUGAUGACAGCGAUAGCUCAGACAGCUCAGUUGUCACAGUCAUUGAGAGGAAAUCUCACACAAUGGAUAGACCUUCACAGGUGAAGGAAGAACCACUGAUUGCUACUGGUUCUCAACAGAGUCCAAAGGUUGAACCAGUGAGCACAGAAGAUCAGAACCUCAUACGCAGGUCUGAGAGAGUUACAAAGGGUGUACCACCAAAGAGGUACUCAAAAGAGUUUGCUAACUUAGCUGUUGCAUGUGUUGCUAUUGUUAACAACUCAAAGCAGGUUGAAGCAGUGUCUACGUCAGAGACAAAGACACAACAGAGGGUAGCUAGCCAAGGUAAUGCAGAAGCACUCAUUCCUUGGAAGCCAGACAACCAGAGAGGUACAUUGGUUAAACCAGUGGCGGGUAGUUCCAAGGGUGGAACUGACACAACAGGGGAAUGUUAUAAAUAUAACAACUGUUUGUUUUCUUCUCUGGAUGACGCUUUGCUCGCGGCACACAUUGAUACUGUAGGGGAGUAUGUUACCAUAAAGCACCAAUGCUGCAGCAAGCAAAGGCUCUAGCAGCUCAGCCAGCUGCUUGUGGCUGGAAAGCCAGACAGGAUGUUUGUGACUGUUGCCAUGGGAACAAAGGGGCAGUCCAUUCUGUACUGAGCACCGGAUGUUAGCUCAGUGUGUGUGUGUCAUAUGACCCGUACUGGAUGUACUUGGGAGGAGUUUCGUCUUGCUGUUGUUGAGUGCAGACAUGAUUCUCUGUACUGAUGUAAGAGGCAGAAAUAAAUGAUGUAAAUAGUUUUCUGUCUGCUUCUUUCCCCUCCCUGGGGACACCAAAGGGGAGAGAGGAAGAACGGUGUGUUCCUCUCAUACAUCUGAGAAGAAUCGCCGGACCUCGCCUGCUUAUCAGCAGAGUGGAGACGCAGGGAGGUCGACAGGAAUAUCUGCCGGUGCCUACGCUGUGGCACAUUCCUCUGACCCAGGCAGAAUUCCAACAGUUUCCUGCUUGGCAGGGGGUUGGACUCGAUGGCCCUUGUGGUCUCUUCCAACUCUAUGAUUCUAUGAUUCUAUGAUUCUAUGAAACUUGCCUUUUCAAUCCAGUGGAGUUCUACCCGGUCAAACCUUUGAUACUUUCAGCAACCAGGUGAUUGUGCCUACUUCUGCUCGGUAUUUCUGAGCCUCUGAGGCCAUGAAGAAACUUUGUGCUUCUCUUCAUGCCCAAAAAGCACCCUUUGUUGACGGAAGGCAUUAAGCUGAUGGCUGGCAGGCAGCAGUGCUCAGGCAGCCCAGGAAUGUUUCACUGAAUGGGACAGACAGCAUGGCAUGAUGCUGACUGCACGCUUCUGGAAGUCAUCAAGAAGAUCUCUGAUAAGACCCUGAAUUUCAUACUCAGCCCACGGGGGAGACAUUUGUUAAAACCUGUGACCCAGACUGAGUUGCUGUUUACCUUGGCUGCAACUGGGAGGAGUGCGGAGAGUGGGCAAGACCCUACCUGCCUUGCCUCCCUUGCCGCUACAUUGGAAGCUAGCGAGCUCCCCGUUUUCAUUGGAUAUUUCAAAUGCUUUAGCAACAAGUCAUAAUUAAUGCCGAGCGAGUCGUGGCGCUGAGGCCAGAUGUGCUGCCGCGAUUUAAUCCUCUGCAGCCGGAGGGGGGCUGUGAGGCUGCUCUCCGUGUUGCAGCCGAGGCCUUGUGGGCAACAGGGGCUGCAGGGGGACUCAGAAUGUGUCUAAUGCCUGGAGUCAAGACCUUCCUCCUCUGCCGCUCCUGCGCCAUCACAUUGCCAGACUUCUGCUGGAUGUUGGGAAGCUGCCAUGCGCCCAAGUGCUGCGCCACAACCAGAGGUAAGGUGCAGGGGGAAAGCCGCAGUCGUUUCUCAGAUGGCAAAGCUUGCAAGGUCAGGCGGGGGCUUCAGCUGAAGGCUUGCCUUCGCUUGUCGGACUGAAAGUUCCCUUCAAUGGAGAAUUGAGGGCCAGCAUUUUGUAUGUGCGGCUCGAACUCAUGAGUGAAAGAUGGCUGCAGGGCAACAGCGAUGUAGGAAUCUCCAGCUCUGCAAUGGUCUUGGCCAUGGAACCUGGAUGAAUUCCAUGGGUCUUUCUGGGCCUUAUUUAUCAAACUCUAUUUACUCCUGCGGAUGCGGGUGGCACUGUGGGUUAAACCACAGAGCCUAGGACUUGCUGAUCAGAAGGUCGGCGGUUUGAAUCCCUGUGACGGGGUGAGCUCCCGUUGCUCGGUCCCUGUUCCUGCCAACCUAGCAGUUCGAAAGCACAUCAAAGUGCAAGUAGAUAAAUAGGUACCGCUCCGGCGGGAAGGUAAACGACGUUUCCGUGCACUGCUCUGGUUCGCCAGAAGCAGCUUAGUCAUGCUGGCCACAUGACCCGGAAGUUGUAUGCCGGCUCCCUUGGCCAGUAAAGCGAGAUGAGCGCCACAACCCCAGAGUCGGUCACAACUGGACCUAAUGGUCAGGGGUCCCUUUACCUUUACUAUUUACUCCUGCACUGCAAGGAGGUUGGACUAGAUGACCCUAAGGGUCCCUUCCAACUCCACAAUUUUAUUAUUUUAAGCCACUGAUCAUCAGGCCACCAAUAUAGGGUUGUUGUGUUUUUUCCCAUCGGACUGUAAGGUUUGGACGAAAGUGCUGGUUCUGCCUGUAUGCACAUGUUGUGCUGGCUGGUUUUGCUAUCAGGAUGCCGAUACGAUUGUGUGUACAUGUGACCUGUAUUCAGCAGCACAGCUGAGCCUUAAAGCUGCCCAUUCAUCCUGCCACACAAACACAGGGAAGUGUCCCAGUGUAAGCAACACACACAAAGAAAUAUGGAAAGCGAAGAAGUGAGAGCUUGCUGAAAUGAGCAUAAAUACACAAAUGGUCCAUUUGAUAAGAUAUCGAGCAGCUUUACACACGCACACAAGCCAACACAGGAAAAUUUGCCUAGAUUAACUAUUUACAUUUGUAUCAGUUGAAAGUGUGCCUUCAUGAAAGUGCAAAUGUGUUACUUUCUGCUCUUUUGAGGGCUUGCCGAUGUGCGACUGGCAAACCAGAAAGUGCACGAUGACUUUGUCUCCCUGAACAUGUGUGAACCAGAAGCUCUCGUAAGGAAUGCAAUCCUACCAUCUGGGCAGAUGGAUGAAACCAACCAACGAAUGUAUUUUACGUUUUCAGAAUUUCGACUCUUGUCUUUGAAGCUGGUGUUGAAUUAGGGAUUUGUGACGCACUCCAAAUAUUUUUCCCCCCGUCCUCAACAUGUUCAGACUUUGUUCUGCUAAGCAUUUAUUGAGUAACUUAUCCCAGCUGGAGAGAGAACCUUUCUCCCCCUCCUACAGUUACAGAAUAAUUUCAAAGUUAUGUCUGCAAGGGCUGUUUAAGAAACAGGCAGCUUGUCUAUAGGCAUAUCUUCUUCCUGCAUCAGGUGUGCUGACUUGAGAGCCUGCUUGUCUGUUGGACCUUAGAAGAUAGCGAUGGAAACCUAGCAAGCCAUUUUUAUUGCUCUUAAACCUAGCCAAACACCUGGCUUCGUAAGGAGGGAAGAAGCUCCAGAAAAUAAGUUAACUGUUUAGUUCCCAUCAUCAGCAUUGCCUUUUCUAUGAUUGACAAGCAAACUCUUGGAUGUAUGGUACACAUUAAGCUGCCGGAUAAUGCCCAGAACUGGACACAAGAAUUCUAGAUCAGAUGGACCAAUGGGCUGGCCUGUUCAAGGCAGCAUUUUCCAUCUUUGAACACUGUUUGUGGCCUUCUAUUUUCCAACUGUUUUAGAUGUGGCAGCUAUUCUGCACUACGCGAAGCUCCCAACGGGUGCCCAUUUGUGACUGGCAUCCGCCACCCCAGAAGUUUGGUGACGCAGGUGGCGCUGUGCGUUAAACCACAGAGCCUAGGACUUGCCGAUCAGAAGGUCGGCGGUUCGAAUCCCCGCAACGGGGUGAGCUCCCGUUGCUUGGUCCCUGCUCCUGCCAACCCAGCAGUUCGAAAGCACGUCAAAGUGCAAUUAGAUAAAUAGGUACCACUCCGGCGAGUGCGUUUCCGUGCACUGCUCUGGUUCGCCAGGAGUGGCUUAAUCAUGCUGGCCACAUGACCCGGAAGCUGUACACCGGCUCCCUCGGCCAAUAAAGCGAGAUGAGCGCCGCAACCCCAGAGUCGGUCACGACUGGACCUAAUGGUCAGGGGUCCCUUUACAUUUACCUUUUAGGCUACUCUAUCAAUUCUUUGCCAGCUAGUUCCCUGUUCAGAAUCCUCUCCACACAACUUUUCUCCCAUGGGGUGUUAAAUGCAUUCUGCAUUUAAGUCCCCAUAAGAGGAAAUUGCCAUGGAGAGGAAGAUUUGGCGCGCAGAAACAGUGGGUGAAGCAAAUUUCCCUUUCUCUUCCUGCUUCUCCAAUCCCAAUGGCUUUCCCAGUUCCAGGUGUGGUGUUGAGAAGCUUAGACACACCUCUGUAAAUAGGACACUUCGUUUAGCCUUACAUUUAGUGCUGCGCCUGCAUUAGCUGAUUAUCGGAGAGGAACGUCGUGAGACCAGAAGAGACCAUUUCAAGCAAGCUAGCUCAGUUGGUUAGAGCAUGGUGCUGAAAACCCCAAGGUUGAAAGUUCAAUCUCCUUAUGGAACAGCUGCAUAUUCCUGCAUUGCAGAGGGCUGGAGUAGAUCAGGCUUCCUCAACCUCGGCCCUCUAGAUGUUUUUGACCUACAACUCCCAUGAUCCCUAGCUAGCAGGACCGGCGGUCAUGGAUGAUGGGAAUUGUAGUCUCAAAGCAUCUGGAGGGCUGAGGUUGAUUAAGCCUGGACUAGAUGAUCCCUGUAGUUCCAAGACCAUUGAUCCAUCUAUCUUGAUAUCUUAUCCACACUUACUGACAACAGCUCUACAGGUUUUGGACAUCUCCAACCAUACCAGGAGAGGCUUGGGAUAGGACCUGUGGCUUUCCGCUAGCAGGAACAGUUCACUGAAUCUGGCCCCAAGUCUCUGAGUGGUAGUUGAAGUCCUACUCAAAGUAGAACCUAUUGAAAUGAAUGGGCCUCACUCAGUCAUCAUGUUCAUUAAUUUCAGUGGGUAAAACUUGGUCGAAUGCCAUCCUUUGCUAUUAUUUCAGCAUAAGUACUGUACUUCCAGUUCCAUUGCAGCUACUUCUCUUUGCAAUGCUACAGUAUGUGAGUCUGUGGAACGGGGCCAGAAGCCUCUCAAUCAAAUGCUUGAGGAACUCUGGCGUUUUGGUAGAAUCAUUUUGCUCUAGAGGGACAGAUACUCUGAAAUGAGAGUUAGAUGUUCUAAAGUGCAUCUGAUUCUAGGGACGGAAUUCAGUAGAGAGAUCAGAGUAUAAACACUUUUUCUACACUGUCCAUGAAGGUGCAUGGUGGUAGGAGAGGAACAUUUGUUCAGAGUUUUUUCCACAUUUUGUGUAAUCCUAAUCUGGCAAAAGGGACGCGGGUGGCACUGUGGGUUAAACCACAGAGCCUAGGACUUGCCGAUCAGAAGGUCGGCAGUUCGAAUCCCCGCGACAGGGUGAGCUCCCGUUGCUCGGUCCCUGCUCCUGCCAACCUAGCAGUUUGAAAGCACAUCAAGUGCAAGUAGAUAAAUAGGUACGACUCUGGUGGGAAGGUAAAUGGCGUUUCCGGGCGCUGCUCUGGUUCGCCAGAAGCGGCUUAGUCAUGCUGGCCACAUGACCCGGAAGCUGUACACUGGCUCCCUCAGCCAAUAAAGCGAGAUGAGCACCGCAACCCCAGAGUCAGCCACGACUGGACCUAAUGGGGUCCUUUUACCUUUACCUUUAAUCUGGCAAAAUGCUCCAUCAGGUAAUGUGAAAGGGGGCAAGCUCGUAAAUCAUAACGGCAUGGAUUAUAGCAUUUACAGUGUUCACAUGCAUUAUCUUAAUGUAACCCUUACCACAACCUCCUAAAGUUAGGUCGCUAUUAAUAUCUUCAUGCUGUAAGGGGCUGUGGGUGGGGGGUUGGCUGAGAUAGAAUAGUUUGCCUGAGGCCACCAAGUGAGUUCAAAGCAGAGGCAACAUUCCGUCAGGACUUCCUGGUUCGUAGUUAGCCUGUUAUACCAGCUCUCUCUCAUGCACUGAGGCUAGAGCGCCAAAGAAUUUCCUUUCCUUGGUUAAGACCUGCUUGCCUCUGGUUCAUCUGAAGACAUAUUCUAGUCUUUGGAGACUUUUGCCGACAAACACCUUAAGAGUUUGGAGACAAACACCUUAAGAGUUUGGAUUUGAUAUCCUGCUUUAUCACUACCCGAAGGAGUCUCAAAGCGGCUAACAUUCUCCUUUCCCUUCCUCCCCCACAACAAACACUCUGUGAGGUGAGUGGGGCUGAGAGACUUCAGAGAAGUGUGACUGGCCCAAGGUCACCCAGCAGCUGCAUGUGGAGGAGCGGGGACGCGAACCCGGUUCACCAGAUUAUGAGUCCACCGCUCUUAACCACUACACCACAUUGGCUCUCCUUAGGUGUAAUUGUUCCACAGAAGUAGCCAGUAUGCUUCGUUACUUCAAAGUUAUGGGAGGUGUUAGAGAAACAAGGCUUUGUCAUUCUCUCUGAUGUGUGUAAAGCAUGGGUAGGCAAACUAAGGCCCAGGGGCUGGAUCCGGCCCAAUCGCCUUCUCAAUCCGGCCCAUGGACGGUCCAGGAAUCAGCGUGUUUUCACAUGAGUAGAAUGUGUCCUUUUAUUUAAAAUACAUCUCUGGGUUAUUUGUGGGGCUUAGGAAUUCAUUCAUAUUUUUUUCCAAAAUAUAGUCCGGCCCCCCACAAGGUCUGAGGGACAGUGGACCCGGCCCCCUGCUGAAAAAAAUUGCUGACCUCUGGUGUAAAGCUAGGAUUCAGCUUUUGCACCAAACGAAUUUCUCUUCCAGUAGCUGUAUUUUAUGGAAUAGGUUUAAACAUGCCACAAACAGCUGUUGUGGCAUUUACAAGGUACAUGGUCCUCAAUUGAAUAGGGCAAAUUCGUAACCUCUCUCUAGGCUUAAGUAUUCUUAGACAAUAUUUCUUAAUAAUAUCGUUUAUAGCAGUUGACACAAACAAGAAAACUGCUGUAACUGGUGAGGAAUCACAGAUAUGAAUGAACCUAAUCCUUUCAGGACUUGUCAAUUAUCCACCUUUAUUUAGAAAGUGAUUGGUCUAUUCUAGCAAGUUGUUUUUUUUGAAUCCUUAGUUGGUCCCCUCGCCCUUUCCUGUCUUUCAGCUUUCUUCUCUCCUUUCAGUUCCUUCUCCCCAUGACCGUUAGCCAGCUGACUUGGUCUCCAUUUGUCCUUUCCCUCACAUUUUAUGUCCCUCAUAAAACGCCCCCCCCCAACCACGCAGUAGCGUCACUCCCUGAUUAGGGCUUCUCAUUCCUCAUUAAGGAGGAACUACAAUUCUUGUAGGGACGCGGGUGGCGCUGUGGGUUAAACCACAUAGCCUACGAGUUGCCGAUCAGAAGGUCGGUGGUUCGAAUCCCAGCAACGGGGUGAACGCCUGUUGCUCGGUCCCUGCUCCUGCCAACCUAGCAGUUUGAAAGCACAUCAAAAGUGCAAGUAGAUAAAUAGGUACCGCUCCAGCGGGAAGGUAAACGGUAUUUCCGUGCGCUGCUCUGGUUCGCCAGAAGCGGCUUAGUCAUGCUGGCCACAUGACCCGGAAGCUGUACGCCGGCUCCCUCGGCCAAUAAAGCAAGAUGAGCGCCGCAACCCCAGAGUCGGUCACGACUGGACCUAAUGGUCAGGGGUCCCUUUACCUUUACACAAUUCUUGCAGUGCCCCUUUGCAAUGUUACAUGUUCCAAGGCAGGGUGCUGCUGGUGGGGUGCACUUUGACAUCACACCUGUGUGUAGACUGGAUUUGUGGGGGACACUAACAUCUGGGGAAAGGUUCAUGCAACCUGCGACUUUGCAGCGAUUCCUUUCAAGUCAUAGGCACCCGGGCAAAGCAGUGCUGGUGCCUCAAACAGCAUCUAAGAAUGUUUCAGGUCCCAAAUGGAUUUGCCCAUCAACUUCUCCCUUCACUUCAUGUAACCUGGCGGACUCAGUCCACCUUGCUUGCCCUCACAACUCCUCCCACACCAAAAUUGCAUACACUCCAACAUUUCUCCGGUGAAAACAGGAAUGCCUUAUGCCAUUAUUAUUGUUGUUGUUGUUGUUUAGUCGUUUACUCAUGUCCAACUCUUCGUGACACCAUGGACCAGAGCAUGCCAGGCACUCCUGUCUUCCACUGCCUCCCACAGUUUGGUCAGACUCAUGUUUGUAGCUUCAAGAACACUGUCCAACCAUCUCGUCCUCUGUCGUCCCCUUCUCCUUGUGCACUCCAUCUUUCCCAACAUCAGGGUUUUUUCCAGGGAGACUUCUCUUCUCAUGAGGUGGCCAAAGUAUUGGAGCCUCAGCUUCAGGAUCUGUCCUUCCAGUGAGCACUCAGGGCUGAUUUCCUUCAGAAUGGAUAGGUUUGAUCUUCUUGCAGUCCAUGGGACUCUCAAGAGUCUCCUCCAGCACCAUAAUUCAAAAGCAUCAAUUCUUCGGCGAUCAGCCUUCUUUAUGGUCCAGCUGUCACUUCCAUACAUCACUACUGGGAAAACCAUAGCUUUAACUAUACAGACCUUUGUCGGCAAGGUGAUGUCUCUACUUUUUAAGAUGCUGUCUAGUUUUGUCAUUGCUUUAUUAUUAUUAUUAUUAUUAUUAUUAUUAUUAUUAUUACAGUGGUACCUUGGGUUACAGACACUUCAGGUUACAGACGCCGCUAACCCAGAAAUAGUACCUCAGGUUAAGAAUUUUGCUUCAGGAUGAGAACAGAAAUUGUGUGGCGGUGGCACGGCAGCAGUGGGAGGCCCCAUUAGCUAAAGUGGUACCUCAGGUUAAGAACAGUUUCAGGUUAAGAAUGGACCUCCAGAAAGAAUUAAGUUCUUAACCCAAGGUACCACUGUAGUAUUAUCAUUAUUAUUAUUAUUAUUAUUAUUAUUAUUAUUAUUAUUAUUUUAUUUUAUACCCUGGGUUGCUCCAGCUAUUCUGCGUGGCUUCCAACAUAGAGAAAAACAUAAUGUAACAUGAAACAUUAAAAAACUUCCCUAGACAGGGCUGCCUUCAGAUGUCUUCUAAAGGUUGUAUAGUUACUUAUGUCCUUGGCUCGGGGGUCUCAUAACUCCAUACCUUCCAACAUUUCUCCAGUGAAAAUAGGGACUUUCUACCAUACCCUUCAACAUUUCUCCAAUAAAAAUAGGGGGACGCCCUAAGGAAAAGCGAGACAUUCCAGGAUCAAUUCAGAAACCAGGAUGGCUUCUGUAAAUCCGGGACUGUCCCUGGAAAAUAGGUCUGAGAUUGUGGACCACCAAAGAUAAUGCUUGGCUUCUCCCAUUGGCAGGGAUCUUUGGUCAACGCUUGGAAGACACAGUCCAAUACGAAAGGAAGUACGGGAAGCACCUGGCUCCACUUCUGGUGGAGCAAUGUGUGGAUUUUAUCCGGGAGCAUGGGCUCGCUGAGGAAGGACUCUUCCGCAUGCCUGGGCAAGCCAAUUUGGUGAAAGAGCUGCACGACUCCUUUGACUGUGGGGAGAAGCCUCUGUUUGACAGGUGAACUGGCAUUUUUUAAGGGAACACUAGGAGACCUGCAAGUCCCCCACGUGCCUGGAUUGGGAGAUUUCUUGCCAUCACCGUCCCCUCCUCCUGAGGAAGGAGGAUCGCCACCGUAUUUAGUUUAGAAAAUAUCUGAGUUCAGCUGAACCUCCCAGGGCAGUUUACAGUGGUACCUCGGGUUACAUACGCUUCAGGUUACAGACUCCGCUAACCCAGAAAUAUUACCUCAGGUUAAGAACUUUGCUUCAGGAUGAGAACAGAAAUUGUGCUUCGGCGGUGCAGCGGCAGCAGGAGGCCCCAUUAGCUAAAGUGGCGCUUCAGGUUAAGAACAGUUUCACGUUAAGAACGGACCUCCGGAACGAAUUAAGUACUUAACCCGGGGUACCACUGUACAAUUACAAAAAACAAAAACAAAAAACACCAUAUUAUAAACACUUAACGAUUAACCAAUACAGAAGUAGCCGUGUCUGUUUCUUAUGCUAGAUCACAGGUAUGUAUCACUGGUAACAUAGACACCAUCUCUGGGGGGCCCGAGGCACCCUCAAAUUUCUUUACCGUGGGGGCCCAGCGAGCCAAACUAACAUGUGGUGCUCUGCAUUUGCCAUUCAAAUGGGGGGGGACAUCUAGUGAUUAUGUGGGGUGGGGCUUACCUGGCCCCCAUGGGCGUAGCCAGGAUUUAUGUCAGAAGGGCAGACUUUAUGCUAGCGGGGGGCAAAACCUCAGUUAUUUAACUAUUUUUAUUGCUCUACUUGAUUUAGGGGGCAGUUGCCCCCUGCCCCCUCUUGGCUACACCCACGCUGCCCCUUAGAGUUUAUUCAAGUUGGCACCCCUGCCCAGAUCCCCUCAAAUAUUUUAUGGGGGGCAAAAGGACCUUGACCCCUGUGAGUUGGCUCCUAUGAUAGGAGGGAAGAACAGUGGCUACUCUUCCUUCCGCGGUGGUUAGGAGGCUUAAACAUUAUCAGGUAAGUACAGUGGUACCUCAGGUUACAUACACUUCAGGUUACAGACGCUUCAGGUUACAGACUCCGCUAACCAAGAAAUAGUACCUCGGGUUAAGAACUUUGCUUCAGGAUGAGAACAGAAAUCGUGCUCCGGUGGCGCGGCGGCAGCAGGAGGCCCCAUUAGCUAAAGUGGUGCUUCAGGUUAAGAACAGUUUCAGGUUAAGAACGGACCUCCGGAACAAAUUAAGUACUUAACCUGAGGUACCACUGUAGUGGCGAGGCUGGUCCAUGGCAGGUAGCCUGCACAUCAGCAAGAAUGGCGUAACUCACAAAUCAACAGCAGCCACUCAAAAAGCUGUUGUGCAACAUGUGGGAGGGAGCAGGGUCAUGGUAGGACAAAAAGACAGACUGUCAGGAUGCUGUCAUCAGCUCCCGGUUGGUUGCCCAGGAAAGCAGAAAGACAAUGGAAAGUAUCUUACAUUCCUUUUUUAUUUCCAACGUUACAGAGAGGGGCUAUAAAACCCAGCCUCUUGGAUAAUGCCGUUGUCCCAAGUGAAUCUCCACUCCCACUGAGCCUCUUGGGCUUGCCGAUUGGGAGGUCGGCGGUUCGAAUCCCCACAACGGGGUGAGCUCCUGUUGCCCGGUCCCAGCUCCUGCCAACCUAGCAGUUCGAAAGCACACCAGUGCAAGUAGAUAAAUAGGUACCGCUGCGGCAGGAAGGUAAACGGUGUUUCUAUGCGCUCUGGUUUCUGUCACGGUGUCCCGUUGCGCCAGAAGCAGUUUAGUCCUGCUGGCCACAUGACCUGGAAAGCUGUCUGUGGACAAACGCCGGCUCCCUCGACCUGAAAGCGAGAUGAGCGCCGCAACCCCAUAGUCGCCUUUGACUGGACUUAACCAUCCAGGGGUCCUUUACCUUUACCUAUCUAGUAACCUCUAGGGUUCCCCCUGCCCCCAAAUUAUAUUUUAUGAAGUUUCAACAUUUUUGACAUACACAGUCCAAUAAACAUUUAAUUUUUUCGCCUCUCUUGUUUUUGUCGACUUCCCACCCUGUUUCCCAUGGAUUGGUUGAUUCUCUUCUUUUUCUGCACCCUACCUUCUCCCUGUUAAAUCAUAACCACAAGACUAUAAUCUGAUUCCUUCUGUUGCUCACAGCUAAAAUCCUGCUCACGAGUUCAUCAUAUUAUAAUAUUUCUUUAAAUAGUCCAGAAAAAAAGGCAUCCAUUCUUCCAUAAAACGCCCAUCAUUACAUUCUCUUAAAUCUUGCUGUUAAUUUUUUGGGGGGUGGGAAUUUCUUCUUCCUUCCAUUUCUGCACAUAAAGAAUCCCAGCGGCUAUUGUCACAUACAUAAACUACUUCAUUUUUAUUUUAUUUUUUAAAGUAACCUCUAGGUUAGAUUACUGCAACUCAUGAUGCAUGGGGCUGUCUCUGAAUACUGUGCAGAAUUCAGUGGCCAGAUUGCUCACCAGGGCAAGAUGGUUUGAGCACAUAUUCCUAGCCCAACUGCACUGGCUGCUAAUUAGUUUCUGGGUCCAGUUCAAAGUGCUGGUUUUGGCCUAUAAAGCCUUAAAUGCUUCAAGAUAUGAAGAUAUCUUGAUAUCUUCAAGAUAUGAUACAGUAAGCCCCCAACUUAUGCACAUUUAACUUAAAAUAAAAAAAGGUAAAAAGGGGGCAGGAAGUGCCCUCAGUGAAAAAAGAUUUGGCAAUCACACCUGCCAUCGCGCCCGAUGUGUUUUGACUAUACAUAAUUUUGGCUUAGGUGCAAUCCCUGGAACAUACCCCCCACAUAAGUUGAGGGUUUACUGUACCCUGCCCUGUGGAACACCCUCCCACCAGGUGUCAAGGAAAUAACCUAUCUGAUUUUUAGAAGACAUCUGAAGGCAGCCCUGUUUGGGGAAGUUUUUAAUGUUUUUUCUUGUAUUGUGUUUUUAAUAUCCUGUUGGAAACCACCCAGAGUAGCUGGGGAGGCCCGUCCAUAUGGGAAGGGUAUAAGUAAUAAAUUAUUAUUAUUAUUAUUAUUAUUAUUAUUAUUAUUAUUAUUAUGCAUCUGAAGUCCUCCUCCAUGAGAGGUCAGGAGAGAGGCAACAGGAGAACGGGCCUUUUCUGUGGUGGCUCCGUUUGUGAAACACUCUCCUGUCACCUUCAUUAUACAUAUUUACUUCGGCUUUCAACUAUCUGUGCCCUUUAGGAAGUGAGUGGAAUGUUUUUUAAUGGAUUUCUCUUUCCUCUUUGCUUUCAUGCACCUAUAUGGGGCUUACUGUCUGUUUGGUUAGAAGUCACUUUGCUCUGGACAAGAAAAAGGGCCUGACCACUUAGAUAGAUAAAUAAACGUGUGUUUCAAGGUAUCUUUUAGUUUUAGUUUUCUUUUAGGCAACUUCGGAAGCCUGCCCAUCUUUGCCAAGGGCAACUGCAGAGUUUCUGACUCAGCUGCUUUGCAUCUUGCUAAAACUUCCUUUUUUCCUUCCUUUGUUGCAGCAACACCGAUGUCCACACAGUAGCCUCUCUCCUGAAACUUUACCUCAGAGAGCUUCCAGAGCCUGUCAUUCCUUUUGCCAGAUACGAAGACUUCCUCUCCUGUGGGCAACUGCUUUCCAAGGACAAAGGAGAGGUCGGUAAACACAUCGCAAACUCACGAAGAAACCUUUGUGCAAAGAUCAAUCAAACUGGGCGUAUUUUUAGGGGGUGAUGAAUUCUAAAACAAUAAUUUUAUUAUUAUUAAACUUCUUUACCUGCUCUUCACCAUGAGGUCCUGGACAUGUGACAGCAAUAUUAAAACACAGUACAGUGGUACCUCGGGUUACAUACGCUUCAGGUUACACACUCCGCUAACCCAGAAAUAGUGCUUCAGGUUAAGAACUUUGCUUCAGGAUGAGAAAAGAAAUUGUGCGGCGGCGGCACAGCAGCAGCAGGAGGCCCCAUUAGCUAAAGUGGUGCUUCAGGUUAAGAACAGUUUCAGGUUAAGUACGGACCUCCGGAACGAAUUAAGUACUUAACCUGAGGUACCACUGUAUUAAAAUCAGUUAAAACGAAUUGCCAUCACAGGAAUAGGUGCCGUAGGUGGGGAGGGAAUGUGACAAGUUUAGGGACUGCCACAGAAAAUGCCCCUCUUCCCACCCCCAUAACUUCUGAGGUGGAACUAUACAGAGGAGCCACUCUGCUGAUAUUCAUUCCCAAGAGGGGGUGUAGGAAAGGAGGGGCUCUUUCAGAUAUGUAGGGUUUUUGAACCCUAAUGUGAGCACCUCGAAUUGGGCCCAGAAGUGAACUAACAGCAAGGUGCAGCUGUUUUAAAAUGAGGGCGUUGCGAGAUUGCCCCUGCUGGUAAUCUGGCUGCUGAGUUUCUGAGUCGACCUCUUAGAGUCAACUUCAAGGGCUGCCCCACGUCAAGCGCAUUGCAGUAAUCCCGUUUGGAAGUUACGAGAUCAUGGAAUGCAUGAUCAUGGAAUAUCCAAAUGGGGCCAUAACUGGUGAACCAGUCUGUCAGGGAACUGCCAUCGGAGCCAGGGGGAGAGGGAGGGCUCCAGAGGGAUUCCCGAGAGCGUCCCGGGAGGGAGAGAAGCAGCACAUCUUCUGGGGAAGGAAAUCAGCGUAGCACCAGUGGAGAAGGGGGGCAGAUGGGGGAAUCGGCGAGGUGGCUCCAUGACUCCUCGCCGGGGACCAGUGGGGAGAGCAGGGGUCCUCCGCUGCCCACACCCUCCCUGCGCUGAAGGCUUCCGUGCAGGGAGAGUAGGCGGAGACUAGGCGUCAAAGAGCUUCUUUGCUGGAAGAAGUUCAAGAAACGCCCACUGACGGAUUCUGCCAGCGAUUGAGACAGCCACGGGCGAGUGGCUGUCCGGACAGAAAGGGUUCACUCAGGCAACCCAGCCAGGUGUGGCACCGAUUUACGCACGAGCAACCCCUUGAACCAUUACACAGUCAUAUCUGGAAACGCACUCUCCUAGCCACUGGGGCCACGAGUCUUCAAGGCUGGAUCCAGCAGUAUCAGCAGGUUAGGAGCUGCCUUGUUCCAGUGGAGGACAACUCUGUCCAGAACUAAACUAAUCGAUCUCCCCAGAUUGCCAUUGAAUAUAGGGGCUGGUUGUGUGUUUGGCGCUAGUUAUGGAGCUAUUGAGCUUAGCGUUCAUUCUGCUUUCGUCCCAUCCCUCAGGGUACUCAGGAACUGGCAAGGCAUGUGAGAAGCCUUCCGCAGGCCAACUACAAUCUCCUCAAGUACAUCUGCAAGUAAGUCAUGUUUAUGGGAGGAGGGUGGGAGUAUUGGCCCAAGCAAUCUUUCCUUUGGUUUUGACAACAAAGAUCAGACACUGAAGCACUGGGAGCGCUAUCACCAGAGGGGUUAAGAAAGUCACUGCUGCCCAACUAGUACUGGCAUGGAACCUUCUUUUUCUGGAAGAUGGAACUGAUGGUCUAACAGAGAGAUAAUCACCAGCAAGGGCAUAACUGCUUGAAUGUCCUGUGCAUGAGCUCUUUUGCACUCUUUCUGCUCCCCCAAAUUAUGGACAGGGCAUGAAGGCUCGGGCCUACUCAGUUCCAUAAUUGCACUCUGCCUAUGCAAUCUUGACAAUUGUUCGUGUAUAUAUCUAUUCAGGGGGACAAGCAUGAAGGCAUCCCAAUUUCUACACAUAAUGGCUAUGAUGCCUAGAGAUAAUGACUUGCUAAAGCAACUCACUCUCCUCUGCUGGAGGUUGAGGACCACAGUGCAAGUGAUAAUGAACACCAGGGCCUCAUCUAGGUCAGGAUGAGUAUCCAAGGAGAAGCAAAUUUGGACUAUGGGUGCAGCCCUCAGUGGGUCCAGCUUGCUGAGUUUGGGAAGAUGAUGUCUCAGCAAAGGCUCAGAGUCAACUGAAGCUUUGGAAAGGCCAUCAGGGCUUGCCCUUCCAAUGGCUCCACCCCACUGGAAGACCUGUUUGCAGUAAUAAAAGGAGCUGUAGCCUAUUGUGGCAGUCACAUGCAACUGGGUGGUGGUAGAACAGAAGAAGCUGCAGGGGAAUCAUCCUCAGAUUCUGGAGAUGAUGGAAAAGGCACAUCCUCAAGCUGUAGCAAUGUAGAAAGGAGAGACGAGCUAGAAAGAGUGUUGCUAACGCCUGUCUUGGGGUGACUUGCACUGUUCUCCUAAACGUUAAUCAAAGCAGUGCCUUCAUUCAUUGGUUAACAGCACUGAAAGGUGGUAGUAACUAGUUUCUAAAAAACAGCAACAGUUGGUUAGAAUAGCAUCUGCACUUUUUGCCUCAUAUCUCUGGUUCUAUAUGGGCUAGAGCAGGCUUCCUUAACCUCGGCCCUCCAGAUGUUUUUGGCCUAUAACUCCCAUGAUCCCUAGCUAGCAGGACCAGUGGUCAGGGAUGAUGGGAACUGUAGUCUCAAAACAUCUAGAGGGCUGAUGUUGAGGAAGCCUGGGCUAGAGACUUGCUUUAUAAAAAUUAAUACAAGGUGUGACCGGAAAGUUUGGUGAAUGGUCACAGAAAUCGGACUGUGAAAAAUAUUUGAACAUACAUACCAUACGGACCUUCAAAGUAGGCCCCUCUGAUAAAAUGCACCAUUGACAACAUUCAUAGAACUGUUGGGAACUUCUGGAGAAGUCCUCUUUUCAUACUGCUUUCAGUUCCCUCAUCAUAGCAGCUUGGACGUGUGGAAUGUUGGAAAAUCUGUGCCCUUUCAGUGCAGAUUUCAGUUUUGGAAAAAGAAAGAAAUCCGGUGAGGCCAGAUCGGGAGAAUAUGGAGGGUGGGAUGACUCAGUAACCUCAGUAACAAUUUCACGUGGAAUAUGCAAUUCUUCCACCAUCAUUUGGACGGACAAACGCCGAUCCUGCUUCAAUAACUCACGAACUCUGUCGACAUUUGCUGCCGUUCCGCUCGUUGGUCUGCCAGACCAAGGGUCAUCUUUGAUGGUUUGCCGCCCUUCACAGAAACGUUUAAACCACUCAUACACUGUAUUUUGAGCUACAUGCCAAUUGUAUGUUUGAAUAUUUCUCGCUGUCUGAUUUCUGUGACCGUUCACCGAACUUUCCAGUCACACCUUGUAGGUCAAAAGGGCACAAGUGCCAUGGCUGGAAUCUGCAGCUAGAUGAGGAGGGGCAGUGCCACAACCUGGCCUCCUGGCAGCAGCACUGGUGCCACUUACUGGGAGGAGGAGAAGUGAGGUAGUGAGGGGUUGGGCACUGUGUGGAUCCAUCAGCAGGAGUGCCAGAUUCAUUCCGCCCGUGUGCCCUCCUUGUACCAGCCUCCCUGCUGCCUCUCCCUUCCUGGCAAGUGGCAGAAAGCUGCUGCCAAGGAAGUCAGGUGCACAGCACCGCCUCUCCUCAGUCCUCACCAAUAGCUCCUGGCUAGAAUCUGGGUCAAACCUGGCACCAUGCCAACCUUGUGUUGUGAGAGACACAUGGUACUCCUUCACAGGUGUGGUGGUAGUGGUGGUGGUUUCACUGGAAAGCAGCUGCAAGAGACUGGAAGCAGAGGAAUGGCAGAUGGAAGGGGGCUGCUUAAAUUUUUCUCUUCCCACUAUCAAAUCACCUGAAAUUUUGCCAUUUGCAGGGCAAAGAUCUCUUUCCCCUGAUAGGUAGGAACAGGGUGUGUGGAUUUUGAGUUAAAGGGGUAAUCUCUUGGGCUUUUACUGCCUAUCAUUGCCUCUGGUGCCGCUUUUCUGCAAAGUAAAAGCAUCAGGAGACUCAUCUUGUAUCUCCCACAUAUUCUAGCUUGACCCUUAGUAAAAAGAGCCAUGGCAGCGAUACAAGUGGUAACUCCUCGCUCUGGUCUUCUUCCUCCACUGAGAAGAGUUGGUGGUGAAUGUAACUUUCACUUCUCUCUUGGGUGGGGUCUUUUCAAGAUUUCUCGAUGAAGUUCAGUCUCACUCGAGCCAUAACAAGAUGAGUGUCCAGAAUCUUGCCACUGUAUUUGGACCAAAUAUCCUUCGACCGCAAGUAGAAGAUCCGUUAGCUAUAAUGGAAGGUAGGCACUUUAUAUUCCUAAGGUUCUGAAGCAUAUUUCAGGUGUGUGUGGACAAUUUCAGCAGCUAUAGAACCUGUGACUAUUCAGUUGUUGAAUGCAAAAGAAUUCUAGACAAAAUACCAAGUCAAAGCAGACCCACUGAACUCAGUGGUCCAAAUGUAUUGGUUUUCGUGAGUCUGCUCUGAGUAUGGAUAUCAUCACAAAUGUUUGCAAAGCUGGCUGUCUCCACCUAACUCUCUUAACAUCACCACACAGGUACUUCCCUGGUCCAGCACUUAAUGACUGCUUUGAUCAGCGAGCAUGGUCAGCUCUUCGGUGCCUCUCUGAUGGAGGGCCCCGGCCAGCACCCACAUGGCACAAUAGACCAUCUAUCCAAGGACAGCAGGGCGGACCGUGAGUUAGAAAGCCCCACAGUCAACCCUGUGAGCCAACUCUUCAAGGCAGCAUCUUCUGCAGCUAAGGAGCAGAACAGCAAAGCAGACUGCAGCCUUCCUGCAACGAGCCCCAGCAAGAGAAGGCAAACAUUGCCCGCCUGGAAAUACUCCUUUCGGCAGCAGGGGUCCGGGUCGCUCAGUCACAAACUGGGAAGCUCUUUGCUGGAUAGCCCCGGUUUCCCUUCCGGUGGGAACUGGCUCAUGAAUGGACUGUAUUCCCUUCAAGGCCACUGCAGGCCGUCCUCAGGAGGGCGGGCCACAGGUUCGCCUCAGAGACUAUCCACCUACGACAAUGUCCCCACUUUCGGCCUCUCUGUCAGCACCCACAGCAGCAGCACCAGUGCCACUUGGUCGAGCUCAUCCUGCGAACUCUCUCUCGCCGUGGACUCCGUCAGCAGCUGCCCUGCCUGUCGGGCCAGCGACUCCUCGGCCUUGAGCUCUCUUCAGGUGGAGUGGGCCACGGCUAGCUCCUUCCCGCAAAGCGAAGCCUGCUUGGAUAACAGCGGGGAGAGGUCAGGGGCGUCUUGCAGCAGCGACAGUGAUCCAAACAAUGGGGCGUCUGCUUCCAAAGAUUCCGCCCGCUGCUCUGGAGCCCUGCAGAGUCUUGUCGCCGAGCUGAAGGCAGAGCUGAGCAAACAAAGGAUUGCAUAUGACUCCAGUAUCAAAAGGUAAGCGUUCCAGAAGGCAGGCAAAUAAAUGCCUGAGAGUCGAGACAAGAGGCUCUGAAUGGUUGUUGUUGUUUUCAGCUGGAACUCACCGGAACUAAGUUCCGGCACCUCUCAAGUGGGCGCCAUUGCCAUUAUACAAGAACAAAGGUGGUGUUCAUGGUGAGUUCCGGCACUUUUUUCCUAGAAAAACAGCACUUUCCUUCCCUUCCGUGUUGACUUCAGCUUACCCACUCAGUUAUCUGAGAAAUCAGAGGUUUACCAGGGCUUUUUUUUCAGCCAGAACUCACUGGAACGGAGUUCCAGCACCUCUCAAGUGAGCUCCGUUGCCAUUGUAAGAUAAUAAGGGAGGUCAUGGUGAGUUUCAGCACCUCUUUUUCUAGAAAAAUAGCACUGGUUUGGGCCAUUUAGAGAUAGUGUUUUAGGAAGACUAUUUAACAAGAAAUACCAUGCUCAUGGGACGCGGGUGGUGCUGUGGGUUAAACCACAGAGCCUAGGACUUGCCGAUCAGAAGGUCGGCAGUUUGAAUCCCCGCGACGGGGUGAGCUCCCAUUGCUUGGUCCCUGCUCCUGCCAACCUAGCAGUUCGAAAGCACGUCAAAGUGCAAGGAGAUAAAUAGGUACCGCUCCAGUGGGAAGGUAAAUGGUGUUUCUGUGCUCCUCUGGUUCGCCAGAAGGGGCUUAGUCAUGCUGGCCACAUGACCCAGAAGCUGUACGCCGGCUCCCUCGGCCAAUAAAGCGAGAUGAGCGUCGCAACCCAGAGUCGGUCACGGCUGGACCUAAUGGUCAGGGGUCCCUUUACCUACCAUGCUCAUGCCAGGGAUAAAGACAAAGGACAAGAGGGCAGCUUCUGAUUUUUGCCAAGAUUUACUUGGAUCUGGGGUUUCCCCUCCUGCCUUGGAGAUGUUGCCUUUUUGGAAGGCUCUGAUGUGCUUACAAUUGCACACAUACCCCCCCCCCCAAAAAAAACCCAUGGCUUCAGAGAGCUUAAGCUGCAAUGUCCAUGCUGAUGUGGGAAUAUGUUUGACGUCAGCUUGCACUCAGGGUGCUUCAUGAUGAAGUAAUUUCACUUCCUCUAUAUCUUGUAGUGCAUGGUUGCACAAAGACAGAUACAGAAAAAGUAUUGGUGCCAUGUAGAUUUGAUUUAGCAUUUUGGAGAUACAUUUAAUAAAAGGUUGAAUGGUGUUUCUGCACAGGGAUGGGUGUGGAUACCCUGGGGGUCUUCCCAAAGGUAUUUUGUUUUCCCACCACUUCAACAGGAAAAUCCUACAUUUUUAGAGUUACAAAAUAGGUAAGGUGAGCAGUCUGCACCUAUAGAUUUAUGUGCAACUGAAAAAUUUGCAUACACAAACUGAGGGCUGGGCCUCCUGUACAUCAAGGGCUGAAUCUAGAGUUAUUUAAAAACGCUAUAAAAAAUACAGCUCCCAAUGGAAAUUUUCAUUGACUUGGGAUUGCUGCUCUACAGCACCAUCUGGUGUCACAUUUUUAAAAUGUAUUUAUUGUUGUUGUUUAGUCUUUUAGUCGUGUCCGACUCUUUGUGACCCCCUGGACCAGAGCACACCAGGCCCUCCUGUCUUCCACUGCCUCCCGCAGUUUGGUCAGACUCAUGCUGGUAGCUUCGAGAACACUGUCCAACCAUCUCGUCCUCUGUCGUCCCCUUCUCCUUGUGCCCUCCAUCUUUCCCAACAUCAGGGUCUUUUCCAGGGAGUCUUCUCUUCUCAUGAGGUGGCCAAAGUAUUGGAGACUCAGCUUCAGGAGUUGUCCUUCCAGUGAGCACUCAGAGCUGAUUUCCUUCAGAAUGGAUAGGUUUGAUCUUCUUGCAGUCCAUGGGACUCUCAAGAGUCUCCUCCAGCACCACCACAUAAAUUGAACUGUGUAGUUGAGUCCAUAGUGAUAUGACAUGCUUCCAAUGGCACCAUGUGAGGGAGAUAGAUGAAGGCAGGAAUUGGUGUCUGAAUGGUGCAGACUUUUAAAAACUGUUGUCCCUGUGUGCUGUAUUUGGGCUCUACUUCGGGCAGAAAAAUGUCCUGCACUAGUACAGUACAAAACAAAGUUGGCUGGCUUUGUCACUAUGGGGACAUGACUUUCCCAGGCUUUCUAUGGCAGGUCGUCACAUCACAGAUAAACAUGUGGCAGCAUUUGCUGCAAGUUUAACUUGUUCGUGUUCUCUCCUGGCUUUAAGGAUUGAAGAAGCAAACACGGAACUGAGGAAGAGGGUGGCAAGAUUAGAAGACGAGCUCGAUCAAGAAAAGAAGAAAUACACAAUGCUGGCGAUCAAGUUGCGGAACUCUGAGAGGGCUCGGAAUGAUGCAGACAAGAGAAACCACCUCCUGCAAGAAGAGAUGGAAGAUUUCUUCAAAACUUUGGGGGAUUUGACUGCAGAAAGCCAGAUGGCCAGCACCCCAAAAUAAAGAGAAGCCGCCAGCCAGAUUCCUCCUGCCCUGCUCCCCACUUCAAAAUGGCAUGGAUCCAUUUUGCCCCUUUGCUUGCAGUGGUGCAGAAAACUUUUGCUAAAUUACUGACUUACAAACAUAGUAUUGAACUGCCAGAGAAGUUGUUAACAGCUAAAGAUAAAUGAUAGAUUGGCGAGGAAGAAGUUGAACCUCUUAUCUGGAAAGCAAGGGGGAUUGUUAUCAUUUCUGGCAGUUUCUUUUUGAUGGCCCAGGGCAAGUGUGAUACUGUGCAUGGUUGCAAAGUGCUUGAACUCUGCUGAAGCAAUGCACUGCCUUCUCCUGCGCGGGAGCACAAAGUUCGGUUUGCAACAUUUAACUGAUCUGCUAAAUUAAAACGAACCUGCAUAGUCAACAUUUCUAUCCUAUGCAUAACUGCUUGCUUGCAUAAUCAAUACUGCCAGCUUACGGUGUCAACAGCAACUGAAUUAAGUUUGCAUGCCGCCCUUCCUUUGAAGCUCUUGGGGCGGUUCACAGCAUAAAAACACAAAAUACCAACGCAAAAUGCACAAUAAAAGCAAGAUCAUAUGCAAACCAAAUCAAUACCCCUCCCCCCCAAAAAAACCCCACAUUUUAAAAGCCAUAGAAUGUUAAACCAGCUAAUGGCCUGGUUGAAAAGGAACGUUUUUGCCUGGUACCUAAAGAUGUACAAUGAAGGCUCCAUGUGAGUCUCCCCGAGAGCAUUCCACAAGCAGGAUGUGAGCAAGGAAUCCCCCAGGACUCCAGCAUCUCUCAGACUGCAUUAUUUUAUGGAGCUCCAUUCACCAGAAGGAACAACCCUGCUACUGGUUCACUUUCUUUCAAUUCUCUUCAACUUCCAACAGAAGUCUAGGAUGUGUUCUAUGAUGCCCCUUCCAAACAAGCUACGUUUUAGGAGAACCUGUUGAAAGGUGUUUUGGAGUUUGACCCACAAUACCCAGCUGCCCAAAAGCCACACGAAUCUCCUCCUCUGAUGUGGUUUCGCACAACAUGUGGCUUAUUAUAAUUUUUAUAAGUAGCCCUACUUUCUGCCUCUACUACUUCUGUUUGACAUAGUGGGGAAGGGCUGUGGUUGUGUUCUCAGAUGAGAUAGGAUAGGCAACAAGGAGAAUGCUGGAGGCCCCGGAAAAAUGUCAAGUGCCUUCAACGAAACAAUGAAAUUUGAGGGACCCAGUAGGCAAAACUGCAUUUAAACAGUUCAGAAACGUUCACAGGUUUUGCAAAAAUGGCAUUAAGUUCAUUUCAGGGAAACCAGGAAGGUGAGACGCUGGAUAAUAUAUAUGCGCACAAUAAAUGCGUAAGAAGAAAUUGCUUUUCUGGGAUCGGGGGAAAGAAAGAUAAGAGUUACUGUACUCCACUGCCCAAUUUCCAGACGUGGUUAAGCCUCUUGAGAAUCUCACAAGCAAGACAGAGCCCAUGCACAGUGUUUAGCAUCUGAGUGUAAUCCUCAGUUAAGGUGUUGAUUAUUUUUUCCAGCUAUAGAAAAAGGAAACAUUCAUUCAAGACACCAGUCUGUCCCUCG